GUUCGUAUCGCAGCGCGCUAACCGCUCCACCACCGAUCCCCACACACACCGCGCGGCGAGCUGUCGGCUCCCUUUGACUUCUUCCUUCUCCUCUUUCCCCAAACAUCCCCUCGGCGACCACCGAGUCUCUUCAGCUUGGCCGCUAGCGCUGCAGGGAGGACCCGGGCCGGCCUUGGCAAAUGAGGGCCGCGGGGUCGCGGGGGGCCCUGGGAGCCCCCCAUGUAGCGGUAGGCCUUACGCGGUGCCUCCCUCUUUCCUAGCGAUUCGGCCGGGUUUGGUGCACCGAGUCCCGCAGCCGCGUCCGGAUUCGAAUCGCAAUGGGCAACGCGAUGGGAGGCGGCGGUGCCGCUCUACAGCAACAGCUCGCCCGCUUUCGACCCGAGGAGCGGGCGACUCUGAGCCGCGGGUACGAUUCGAUCGCCCACACGCGGGGACCUGGGACGGCCUCGACAGCGGCGGCGGCGGGCAAAGCGGCCAAGCAACAGGGACCCGGCGAGGGCUUCAACGUGGCAGCGCUACGGCAAUUCGUGCAACCUGCGCUGCCGGAGGUGCUGCUGCUGAGCCUGUUCCGGGGAAUGAGCCACGCGUACGACCCCACCCUCAAGAAACCUGCCCCAGCAGCAGAGUACGUGUGUCAGGAGCGGUUCGUGAGGUUCGUGGCGUCUGUGCUGCGGGGAGGAGCGGAGGAGCAGGCCGCUGCUCUCUGCUGGAUGGUGGGCGAGAGGAACGGAGGCGUCGCCAGUCAGCAGGUCCACCAGCUUGUGCAGGAGCUGCUAGAGGUGGCGGUGCAGGCGCUGCACCACGGCAAGCUCCUGCGUGGAUGGCAGCUGGACAAGAUGGCCGACACGCGUGAAGGGGCAGCCCUCGUGGCGACCGCCCUCCUCGCCGAGAUUCGCCGGUCUGAUGGCUCCACGGCCGAUACAGCGAGCGGAGCGACGACUCGCGACGACGUGUCGGGCUGGCUGCACCGCACGCCGCUCGUCCCGGCACUCCUCUCCCUCCUCGUCACCUCCUCCCUGCGCCUCGAACUGGGUCACGGUCACAACCUCCUCCCCCUCCCCACUGAGCCAGCCCCAUCCUCCUCCUCGUCUCCCUCGAGCGACGAUAACGACGGCGGUGGCGGCGCCGGGCCCUCCGCGGAGACGCCCGCUCCCGACGAGGACCCGCGCCGCGCACUGGCGCCGCUCCUGGUGCCGCCGGCGUGCGAGGGCGUCGCCUGGUCCCAGCUGGGGGUUGGCAGCGGCGGCGGUGGCGGCCGGGGCCCGCGGCUGCUGCUGGAUGUGCCGUCGAUGCUCCAUCUCGGCGUCCACCUGCCGGGCGAGCUGCGCAACCGCUGGAGGCUGCUGUUUUCCAGCCGCCUUCAGGGGGAGAGCUUUUCAAGGCUGUGUGGCCUCGCCGUAGGCCAAGGCCCAACCUUGCUGCUCGUGGAGGAUGUGGACGGUCAUCUCUUCGGGGGCUUCGCCUCGGCCAGCUGGGAGGUCAAGCCCCAGUUCCAGGGAAGCAGCCACUGCUUUCUGUUCAGCCUGCGGCCGUCCGUCGGCGUGUACUCCUGCACGGGCUACAACGACCACUACAUGUACCUCAACCACGGCCAGCAGACCAUGCCCAACGGACUUGGCAUGGGCGGGCAGCACGACUACUUUGGGCUGUGGCUGGACAGUGACUACGGGCGUGGGCACAGCCGCGCCAAGCCGCGCUGCACCACCUACGGCAGCCCCCAGCUGUCGGCUCGCGAGGAGUUCUCCCUCUCCGCCGUCGAGGUGUGGGGGCUCGGCAGUCCCCCCGAACGCGCCCAAGGGAGCGGAGGCAAGGCCCGCAGCGUGCUGGACGCUGACCCGGAGGUGCAGGCCAUGCUGGAGAUGGCCGGCAAGGUGAAGCACAGUGACGGCCUCCGCGAGCCCAAGGCGGACGAGUCCUGACCGCCCCGCAACUCGACCGCGUGGCCGGCGGCGCGGUCACGUGAAUCAGCGCAGCGGGGGUCGUGCGAUUGGAGCAGCACAGUCACGUGACCAAGAAGAAUAGCCGUGUGAUCGGAGCAGCACAGUCACGCGACCCAGGGUAGCACGGGCCAUGUGACCAGCAGCUUCCAUCUCAAGUGGGUAGCUCUGCAGUAUCUACUUCCCUGGGCCGUACUUUAACACGUAGGGUGAUGCGCAGCUAUGCUAGAGAUCCACAGUUGAUUCAUCACCGAAUGACACGAAAGUGCAUAUUGGGGGGGAAAAAGUUUAUUUAAGUCACCUGACCAGCAGUCUCACACGGGGCUUAAUUUCUCACUGAACAUUUUUUUGUUUCUUUCGAGUGGCUGGUCGACCGGUUUAGGCACGUGGACCGAUAACCACAGCUGUAGCGGGAAGUUUACCGGACGUGGUGUGCCCGGGCACAGAUAGUUUUCUGGGUCACGGACCCGGACAGACCCAGCUCCCGAUGAAGCCCCGAGUGUAACCCCGUGUGACCAGCAGGACAGGAACAGCAUCGCAUGACGAGCAGAAAUUAUGCACGGUGACGAAUGCUGCUAUUUUUAUUUGACCAGGUAAAGCCAACGGAGCUUUGCAGCUCUUUUUCAGAAGCGACCUGGCUACCACAGAUGAUAGUCCAACAAAGUGGCGGCUUGUCACGCGGACAUACAUAGCAGCAGCCAAAUACUCUAAACGUGUGAUGUUGAUUAUAAAUGUGCAUUGGGGAAACCGGAGGACCCGGAUAAAAAUCCACGCAAUCACGGGGAGAGAGAGAGACAUGCAAACUCCAAAUAUACAGGCGUCAGGGUCGGGAUUGAACCCACGACCUUCUGCAUACCAGGCGAGGAAGUCAACGUCUCGCCAACGUGAAUAUGCCGGGCUGAGAGAAAUCAUGGCGAAACUUUCAAACAGCCCCGUUAUCUCAUUAACUUCUUUGAUGAUUAUUUCAUUUUCGUACGGCUAAUGAAGAACAACUAUCGGAGAUUCGGUUCUAA